AUGGUGUACUCGCCAGGACCACCAUCGCCCAUAAACAUGGCUGAUCGUAACUCUGGAUUACACGCACGAAACAGAUCUCUUAGUCCUCCAGCACCGCUACCGGGUAGCGGCGCCCCUCAACAAUCCAAACGAGACAAAAGACGCACCCAGCUGCAAGAACGCUUGCACGAUCUCACCAUCACAUUCAACCAGAACCGCGACAGCCAGUUUCGUCAACAACUCCAUGCUCUACAAUGUGAUAUGACACUCAUCAAUAAUGCGGACCCUUACGAGGCCGGUCCGUUACCUGACUCAGCGGAGGAGAUUGCGCAGUUGAUUGAGACGACUGUCGGAGGUGGGAAGUUCGGGAAGGAGAUGGCUAAUAUUUCGGGGAGUUGGUACUCGAGGUUUGUGCAGGAGAUUAAUGAGAUUAAAGAGGGUCGGGAUGCAGAUUUGGUUGCUGUUAUGAACCGACAUCGUGAGGCCGUCAAACGAUACAAUCACGAAUUUGCAUGGCGACAACACUUCGCGCGCGAGGAGUUUAGACUUUUAUCGCAAACUCUGCGGGAGCGAUUGGUGCAAAAAGUCUCCGCGAAUAAGACACGUCUUAUGCGGGAGAAAGAACAAAUGGACAUCUCAGACACGAAUGCAUUGCUACUGAACCCGAAUCAAUUCACAAUUACGAACCCUUCCAGCCCCGGUGGCCUUCAUGGCAACCGCAAGACUCGACAUACUAGACACCGAAUCGGGAUUGACGAGUUCGGUAACGGCAUUGGUUUGGACAACAGAAGAAAACGCAAGGCUCCCGAUGAUGAUAUCGGCUCUCCCGGCCGUGACGGAUUGUCGACUCCUGCAGAACGGGCCAAGGCUACGGCAGAAAAACAGCAAACGGACAAAAUCUACAGUAUUAAUUCUCUGUUUACGGACAAGGAACUUGCUUUGCAUGCAAAUCAGGCACACAUUGCUACGGCACAUUUCUUUUCUACGUCAAGGAAUCAGGAAGGUGUUGGUACUUCAGCGAACGGUCACAACAGCGAAGACGACGCCGACAGCGCUGUGCCCGGAGAAGAUGGAACACCGGCGGCAACCGACAUGGCGCGUACAGCCAGUCAAACUUACCACGCAACUCGAUCAACGCGCAACCAGGGCAAUUCCGGGCUGAAUUUGCUCGCUGAGCUAUCUGAUAAACCGGCCACGCGACCCAACCUACCGUACCAUAUCCUCGCCAACCACAACUCGCGCACCAACCAAAGCGCACCACCAUUGAACUCGCUCAUGAACGAGGAAAUCGACGAUGAUAUUUCCCGCAUGGAUCGGCUACAGGCCAAACCACACGGCUGGAUUGACAAAGGGCUGAUUGAUAACAUGACGGAUCCCGUCCAGGAAGAGAUCAAUGGCGUGCCUACGAAUGCGGAUCGCUUCAGCUUGUUGCAUCCUGACUUUCCGAUUGACAUGGGAAUCAAGUGGUAUCCCAGGAACAACAACGGCGGCUAUGAGAUGUUUCCACAGAUCAACGAGCGGGCGGGUAAACGGCGGGCCUGA